AAUGGCUGAGAAAGUUGCUCUUGUUGAAAGUUUUCUGAGCUGCCAUGUGUGUUCAGAGACUUUCAGAGAUCCUGUGUCUCUGAGCUGCAACCACAACUUCUGUUCAAGCUGCCUGCAGAAAUUCUGGGAACAAGCUAAAAACAAAAACUGUCCUAUUUGUAAAAGAAAAUCCUCAAAAGAGAAUUUGUUUGUGAACUUUGGACUGAAAGAUCUGGCUGACUCCUUUGCUGGAAGACAGAAAUCUGGAUCAUCUGAGACAGAAAAGAGAAAAGAGAAGUCAAUAAUGAAGGUUUGUAGUAAACACAAAGAAGAGCCUAAACUUUUCUGUGAGGAUGAGCAGAGAGUUGUGUGUCCUGUCUGUGAGUUUUCUCUCCACCACAAUCACAAAGUGGUUCCUAUAGAACAAGCAGUCAGUGACCUGAAAGAGCAGCUGAAAUCUGACUUAAAGUCUCUGGAGGACAAGAGGAACAAAUACAAACAAGUGAAGAAAACAUACAAUGAGGUGAUUCAACACUCCAAGAAGCAGCUGCUGUCCACAGAGAGGCAGAUCAGAGCAGAGUUCAACAAGCUCCACCAGUUCCUGAAAGAGGAAGAGGAGUCCAGACUGGCAGCUCUGAGGGAGGAAGAGGAGCAGAAGGAGAAGAAUGUGAGCAGAGAGAUGAAGAGGAUUCAGGAGCAGAUCUCCUCUCUGUCAGACAGUAUCUCUGCUGUUGAAGAAGAGCUGCAGAAACACCCUAUGCCAUUCCUCAGCAGUUAUAAAGCCACUCAGACCAGAGCCAGAGACCAGUGCUCACUGUCAGAUCCACAGCUGGUCUCAGGAGCCCUGAUAGAUGUGGCCAAACACCUGGGCAACCUGGCCUUCAGAGUCUGGGAGAAGAUGGAGGAGAAGGUCCACUUCAGUCCUGUCAUUCUGGACCCAAACACUGCAAGUCCCUGGCUCCAUCUGUCUGAUGAUCUGACCAGUGUGAGGAAUGGAGACACAGACCAGAAGCUUCCUGACAAUCCAGAGAGAAACACAAAUUCUGCCAAUGUUCUGGGCUCUGAGGGCUUCAGCUCAGGGAAACACAGCUGGGAGGUGGAGGUGGGAGAUCAUCCUGCCUGGAAUGUUGGUUUAGCUAAAGAGUCAGUUGAUAGGAAGGGCAAGAGAUAUGCCUCACCAGAGUAUGGAGUCUGGUGUUUAUCACAUGGUGAUGGAAAAUACUCUAAUGGUGUUGGUCAGACUGUGACAGUGAAGAAGAGUCUCCAGAGGAUCAGAGUCCAGCUGGACUAUGACAGGGGGGAGGUGUCCUUCUACAACUCCGAAGACAUGACUCACAUCUACACUUACAGAGACACUUUCACUGAGAAACUCUUCCCAUAUCUCAGUGUUGGAAAAGCUGGUGCUGACAAAAUCUCUGACAUCAAAAUCAGAAAGUGA